GAGUGUUGUCCCAGCGUCACGGCGCGACAGACAGAAUACAGCACAAGACACAGUGAGCACAGCAGGAGAAACAGCAAUUGGAACUUCGAUAAGGACACACGUGUAUAAUAAAAGAAAACGUUGAAAUGUUUUGUGUUUAAAUGGUAAAAACAAGAUAAGAGGAAGGAAGCUAACUGGAGGAAAUACCAGUGAGAUAUCACUGUUGUGAUGAAGGUGCUGCUGCCUCUUGCACUCAGCGCCGCCCUGGUGGCCACCGCCGCAGCUCAGAUGUGCGAAACGUCGACGUCGAUCACCAGGAGCACCAAAAACAAUUAUGCGCUCGAUGCAGACUCCUACAUCCUCUGGCUCAAAAUCCCUAACAUCUUAGUGAAGGUAAACUGGGUGGCAGACUUCACAUUCGACAGUAAAAGUGGAAAUGCGACUUUUGCACUUCAACUGAAGCUCCUAAAGAGUAAAAAUGUCAACUACAAGUUUUCAAAGACAGGAGCUGGAGCUGCACUUUAUGAAGAGCGGCUGUCCGGAAAGUGGUUAUCUGCUGGCUGGCUCGGUGUCGCUCUACGACAAUCAAAGUUCACUCUCAUCUUUCAUAAGAAAGAUACGCAGCUUCACAUUCAUCUGGAGGACAAACAGUGCUUUGUAGUCAAAGUCAGCACAACUGCCUCUGCUACCACUACUACCACAACUACUACAACUACCACCACGACUACAACACCACUCACUACUACUACUACCCCAGCUACCACUACCGCUGAGUCCACAACUACUGAAUCAUACGAGACAUCAACCAGUACUCAACCAGACUCAGAGACUACUCUCACCGUAGCUCUGGCGAACUCAACACUCGACCUCAAUAUUCAGGUCGAGGGAAUCACUGGCGAAGAAUGUAACAAGAUUCCCUUAUGGGCUUGGGUCUGUGUAGGACUGAUGGGCGCCUUCUUCGUCUUCUUUGUGGUCCUGCUGAUGUAUUCCAUAUUCCUGUGCCGUCGCAUCUGUACACUGGAAGCCUCCGUGGCAAGACAGGGACAGUACCUACGUGGCCGAAUAACUCCUGCUGGAGGCUACGGCGAGGAAGCGAUAGACAUGCAUUACUACGGCAUGAGGAAUCAAAAUCUCAUGAUUGGAGGAACAACUCCAAGAAUUAAGACUCCGUCACCUAACGCUGCUAGACACCGUGGCUCCAACACCACCCCAAGACUGUCAGGUUACAGACGCUCCAUAUCCAGCCCCGGUACUUCUGCCAACUUGAUUCCAACUAUAAACUUUCCUGCAGCGCCGACAGAAGCACCUCCUCCCAUGUAUCUACACCAGGCUCAGCUCAGGUGUACCUGUGACUCGGAGGAACGCUUAUCCAGUGAAGGCGACGCUAUGACUGGCAGGAAACAGUAUGACUGUUCUGAAAACAACUUGGCAGAUGAUGAAAGAAGCUUAAACAGCUUAAGAGAGAAUGCCAAGAUGAAUUAGAGAAUGAAUGUUGAUUCUGAAAGUUCAUAAUAUCGAACGACAUACUUAAGUGUAAAGGAUUUUGGGAUAAUUCGGGGGGAAAACGAAAAUUUAGUUUUAAUAGGCUUCCCCUCUAUUCUCUGUAUUUGUCUGAGUAGUCACAGAACAGUCAAAAGUAGACCUAAUGUAUAUAUAGUUGUAUUAGAGGCAAACACAUGGUAAAAGUAAUAGUGGAAAUCAUUGUUGACGAACCCAGUGAUGAUGUGAUAAGUGGGCACUGACCCACCUUAAUGCACCUACUUUUGUCGUUACUUGUAUAAGCGACGCACUAAGGUCAUAUACUCAGGUCUGUGGUGUUUGCCUGUGUAAUACAACAAUCUUGGUCGGUAUUGAUGUGUGUGUGUGUAAUAUACAAUGAUCUUUAGUGUUUGUAUAUGAAAUAAUGUAGUAUUGUAGCUCAUGUGUGUGUAAAAUGCCUGAUCUAUAUUUUUUUUUUUGGGGGGAGGGGGUGAAAUACACCUGUGUAUGUGUACUGGUAUAGGCUUAAAGUAAUUCAUAAGUUUUAGCCGCAUAACACUGUAUAUUAUGAGGUGUAAACACUUGUAUAUAAUGAGGUGCUAACGUGUAUAUUAUGAGGUGUAAGCACGUGUAUAUUAUGAGGUAUAAACACCUGUGGUCAUUCAUGAGGUAUCCCAGGAGGGAGACUUUAAGACGUUGCCUUUUUUUUUUCUUCUUAUUUUUCCAUCCUCCAACUUUUCGAUUUUAUUUCGCUCAUAUUUCGAGAACUCCUCAUCCAUUCGCUGUAUAAUCCCUACGUGUUUAGCGCUCCCCGUGAAAAUAAUAAUAGCCUCGUUCAUUAGGCCUCAAAAUUUCAACAUUAGUGUCCGGUUUCGAGGGCCAAAUCCUUGGAACAAUUGGCAUGUUCAUGUCAUCUAUGACCAAAGUUGUUGCGCCCAUUCCCAGCAUCCUGCAAUGGCUCCAUGAGCUUUAUCGUACAUCUCAAAGUUGUGUAUGGAUCCUGUCUCCACUACUUCACUCUCUAGAUUGUUCCAAUUCCUGUCAAAUCUAAGGCUGACGAAGAAGUACUUCCUAACAUUGCCAUAACUCAUCUGAGUGUGUUGUGUGUGUCUAUUUGUGUGUGUGUGUGUGUGUGUGUGUGUGUGUGUGUGUGUGUGUGUGUGUGUGUGUGUGUGUGUGUGUGUGUGUGUGUAUGUGUUUAUUUAUUGGGGAGACGUAUCAUCAACCAGUAACUUUCUCAGUCCAUCCCAGUGAUUAUUUUCUCUAUUAGAUUGUAUCAAAGCUGAGGGACUGAUCACCUCAAACUACUUCACGUCCUACACCUCUCUAGUAGUUAUUUUUUUAACUGGAUUAAUAAAGCCACCGAUUGGGAGAUCUUCUCCAUAAAAAAGAUACCCUUGUGAUGCACAAGUAUCUUAUUAAUCUAACAGACUUUACUUCCAAAGACACUUGUAGCAGUUGUAGCAAGAAUGUAGAUAACUUAUUCAGAGAACCGAAAGGUUGCUGUUUUUAGACAGUUGCGCAACACUUGUAAAUUUUUAAUGUGGAAACGUUUCGCCAAUCAGUGGCCUUUUUUUCCAGACUAGUCUUGCACAAGUGUCUUAUUCAUCACGUAACAAGAAGGUUUGCAGCAUCUGGUCUGGUGUAAAUGAGAGUGACGAACUUUAAUGUUGUUGUGUUUACAUGUUGGAUAAGAAGGCAAAGAUUUGGCAGAGGUACUGAGAAUUUUUUUAAGCCAUUGUUAAGUGUAAUUGUUGAAAGGUUCAGAGGUGUUGUAUAACGUAAGCUCAUCUAGCCAAUGCAGCCAACCCUGGCACCUUCAGCGCCUCCAUAAAUGAACUCUUUCGUCUCAACAAUAUGCCAGCCUUUGCAUUUCCUAACUCCCUACCAUCAGCUGACAUCAUCAAAAUUCUUCCAAACAUCAUCAACUUCACUACUACUGCUGACCUGUCUCCUACUGCCCAAGCAGAUGUUCCUGCACCUGCCACAACUUGCCACACCACUAUUCUAGCUGCCUCGAGCACUACCUCCCACACUGAUGCUACACCACCAGAACAGCUCUCCACUGAUCCUGCCGACCCUCAGUCACCUGCUAGUACCAAAACAGACUCAUCUAAUGAAUACAUAUCUGAAGAAGAUAUCGACGACUCUACCACACCAAUUUGGGAAAUCUCACAUUUUACACUGCACCAUCAAAUGUCGACACUAUGACCUGCACUGAACUCUUCAAAGUCCUCGGUGCAGGAACUGUUAAGUUCUCCUGUGAACAACCUUAUCACUUCACUGUCACCUAAGUUCUGGAAUUCCUUAAACCUCUUCGUUUCACCUUUGGAAACAAGACAUAUCUUUACCACCUCUCUAGAAGCAACUUCAAGAGAUUUGAGAAUGGAUCUCCUACAAACCUGCCACCCUAAUUACGUCGAACACCACCACCAGUAUGCUGCCCUCUGAUGUUCUUCGCUGCCUGCCUUGUCCUGCUACUAACCUACUACUACAAGACCAACGCAACUGGUCUGCUAUUCCUAUUCUCAAGUCUGUCCCACGAUCGCCUUAGCUGCUGGGUUAAGCCCUGGCUUUAUUUCUACGACUGAGAACACUCUCCAGCGUUAUUCUUCGUCUGUCCCGUCUUCCUAACUCAUCCCAUUGGAAUCUUACCUGUACUUUUUCGUUCGUUCGUUCGAUAUUUCAUAUUUGGAACUAGUAAUAAUGAGACCGGUGGUGAGUGAAGCGCUUCCUUUAUCUUAUAAAAGUAAAAAUUUAGUUUUGUAUUGCUUGAUAAUAACCCACAUGGAGACAGAAACUCAGAAGAUUGAUUGAUCUGUAUACUUCGACCCCCUUCUGGGAUCCUCCUCAGCAGAUAUACUGAAGAGGACCCCAGAAAGGGGUCGAAAUAUACAGACCAACCUUCUGAGUUUGUCAACAUGUGGGUUAUUACUGAUCAAUGAUAAGUGUUCAUUACACUUUAGCUCGCUAGUAAUAUUCAUUGAAACAUUAUACAAGUCUCUCUCAAUUUUCACACCUUCACUUCUCUCACCGUCUCUGUAAUGACAGAAAAAUAUUCACCACCACACACACACACGCAAAACAAAGACUUUCGAGGAUAAAAAUAACAGAAACCAACUCGAGAGGCUCGAUCUCUUGACAAAAGGACUUCUGCUGGUGGUCAAUCCUGAAACCUGGCCAGCAAGUCUCUAUGUUGGUGUCUCUGAUGCUACGUUAUGUUGUGAUGUAUUGUGAUGUGUGUUGGCAUGUAGCACAGCAUGAAUGGUUUAAGAUGCUAUCUUAUGUUUUCUUUAAUUCAAUUAUCACGGAUUUAGCGCUUGCUUAUAAUUAUAAUAAAUUCAAUUAUUACUGAUAACGAAAACUAAAUCACCUGUAUCAACUAAGAGUCGUGCUGUUCAUAGUAAUUAUACAUAAAAACAUCGAAUUUUUUAUUUAUUUUCGUUUUAAAUACUUUUUAUAGGUGGUAAAUCUUUGAGUAAAGUUGUAUUGAUUUACCAUACAACAAAUGAUAAUCAUACAGUGACCUCAAACUUCUCUUGUUUAAAAAGCAGAGAUAGAUAGAUAGAUAGAUAGAUAGAUAGAUAGAUAGAGAGAGAGAGAGAGAGAGAGAGAGAGAGAGAGAGAGAGAGAGAGAGAGAGAGAGAAGAUUGCAGGAAUAUUUCUGAAAAGAUUGCAGGAAGUAUUUCUUUACCAAUAUAGUAACUGAGGAGUGAGAUGAGCUCCAGGAGGAAGCUGUGAGUGCAACAUCUAUUGUAAACUUUAAGAAUAAUUAAGAAUAAGAAAAAUAGGAAACAUCACAAAUAAUUAUUGGGGAACAGGAAAAUACAACAUGCAUGUCACUGAUGCGAAAUAUUAAUAUAUUAAGAAAAAAGUUUAUUCCGAAAAUAAAUGUGUUACAAUAUUGAUGAUAUUUCUA